AUGACAUCAUAUGGGAAUUAUGCGACGAAUACCUCAACUACUACUAAACGCAAGCGGAAAAGUCUUAGAAAGAAGGAAACAGUGUGUUACGCCGAAAGCUCAGAGACGGAUGCAAGUUCCGAUCCCGAUUAUGAGCCUGAGAGUGUUAAAAGAAAAUCCACCCGGAUAGAGACCGAUGAUUUACCAGACACAGAAAGCUCAACAGAGACGGAUGCAAGUUCCGAUCCCGAUUAUGAAGAGUCCGUGAGUACUAAAAAAAAAUCCACCCGGAUAAAGACCGAUGAUUUAUCGGAAUUUGAUCUCAUCUACCGUAAUCUUGAUUCCAAAAAAAUGUGGACUCUCAAAUCGUCUGGGCGUGUUGUCGAAAAAGUUAUUUAUGAUCAUGCAAGAAAAUUUAAACAUGAUUCCUACUUACACUCUUUCAUUAUAAACGAUGCUGAUGGAGUAGUAAAAGAACUAUUUAACAACGAUGAAUGGAAUGAAAUGUUUUCCUCCAAUCUCAAACAAGUACCAAAAAUCGAUAAAAAUAUUACGGAUCUCUUAAAAAAAUACACAGUACACGAUUUAUCCACCCUUCAAAAAGUUAUGUUUGAAAAAUUUUUUCCCGAUAAUGUUCCUUACUCAGCAGAUUUAGACUAUAUUAACCUUGCGUAUAGGUCCAUGUAUUCUCUAUGGAAAGGAGAAGAUGAUUUUACUUCAGCUCCAAAACUGGAGGGAUGGUUCGAAAUGAAUAUUUGGGCCCAUUUAAUAGAUCCUGCUUUUCGUGGAAUGGAAAUUGAAUUACGCAACAAUCGCCUUGAAUUUGGCGCAAUUGAAGCUGGGAGAAGCUGGGAGGGAACAAAAGGAACCAAGCUCCUAACGGAUUCCUUAAAAAUGUGUAAAAUGCUCAAAGACAUGUUAAACGAACUUGCAAGUGAAUGCAAUAUGAAAGAAGAUAUUGUAAGAAAGUUACAAGUAGCCGGGAUUCUCCAAGGAGCCAAUAUGAUGCAAGUAAUUACUGCUGAUCUUCCAAUGGGUUAUGUUACUCGUAUCCGUCGUCGAAAAUUUUAUGAAGUUCCUGGUUAUCUAAACAAGAAUCAACCGCUUGCAUUCAUUAUAAUGGAUGUUUUAUUUGUAAAAUCUAUAAUUAAGCAAACAUUUAACUUGAUUAAUGACGAGUCAAAAGUAGAUUUUCAACAUUUUCUCAAUGGCUAUUACGAAAAUGAUGGAUCUGAGACAACCCCUCAAAAUAGUGUAUCCCUUACAUCUUCUACUCAUACAACUCCUAAAAAAAAACGGGUUCAAGAUCUUCAAAAAAUAGCGAUUAUAAUAGUUAUAGUGAAUGACAGAGAUAAAUUUUUCGGUACUGCAUCGGAUGCACUUGUUGAAAUUAUAGAGAUUUUUAAGGAGUUUUCCAAAAAGUUCAUGGCUGAAUCAAGUUGGAAUUGGAUAAUUCGUUUUACUCUUGAACAACUCGGUUGGAAAAAUAUGAGUAGAGAAGAAAGAUUGUUAGCUUUUAUACAUGAAGUGUCAACUGAAGUGAUGGAAAUUGAUAGCAAUUCAUCAGAAGUAAUCCCUCAGGACCAGCCCUCAGUGAUUCUACGAAAAUUAUCUCGAAGAGUCGGCAAGGCCGAUUCCAAUUCCAUCUAUUGCUAUUACGAAUUUGGUUUAGCACUAACCCUUUGUCUCAAUGAAUUAAUAGGGAAAGGGCAAAAGAGAGCACAACAUGCAUUAAAUAAAGAGGUUCAGAAUUAUUUACCACCUGGCACUUCUCUAGCCGUGGCAAAAGAUAAAAUUAAAAAGGCUAGAAAAAUGGUUAAACUUUUUAUUGAUGAUCCAUCUAGAAUUCAAUUUGUUCGUUCAUUUUCUGUAGACCAGCUCUCGACUUUUAAUGAAGACGAUAUCAACUUUAUAAAAUCAAAAUUACCAAAGCCUGGGGCGCCAUGA